AUGAGGCGAACCUCAGAUACAUCUAUAGCUAUAUCAAAUGAUAUUAAAAAAAAUUUGAAUUCUUAAAUCUAGUCUAAACACAAUCCCAGACUUAAAGAGUACAGCACUAAUUUGAUUUAAUUUAAAAAAGAUAAUUUAUCAAUGGUUGAAGAGAAUUAUGAACCAAGUUUAGGAAUUAGCUUUUUAGUAUACAUUUAAUCAUUAUAUAUGAGGAUCGUAAGGAAAGUGAAAAGAAUAAAAAUAAAACAGAAGUACAGGAAGGUUUUUAUAUUUUUGGUUAAGCAUCAUCUAGAGUGGUUGCAUCACCCUUAGACGAGAUAGCUGUAUUAAAAAAUACUAAUAAGAACUAUUUGAAAAAUGGUUUGAAUUUAAUUCGUCUAGUCUCAAAAUUCAUUCGAUAAUUAAAAAUUCAUUCAUAAACUUUUUAGUAUAAAAUGAUAAAUGAAAAUAUUUUAUAAUUACUAGGAGAUUAGGCAUCUAAUACUAAGUUAUUUAUUUAUUUAAGAAAUCUAUACUUUCAUUAAAAUCAAAGAUAAAAGCUAGAUUCUAAUUUUUUACAAUUUGAUACUAUAUUAAAUAAGAUACCUAUUUUUAAUCCAGAUAAUAUUAUAUUACUUGGAUUUAAGAUUGUAUUAUUUAUAUUGUUGAUAGUCAAUAUUACUUAUAUUCCUCUUUUAUUAUUUUUAAAUGAGUAAGAUUUUAAUAAGACUGAUAUUCAUCAUCUACUUGAUACGAUACCAAUAGUUUUUUGUAUGUUAGAUUGUAGUUUAAGAUUCAUCACAUCAUUUUAUGAUGAAGGUUUUUAAUGAUAAUAUUCUAGGAAUUUUGUAUAAGGAUAUAUUUAAAAUAGCCAAGCAUUAUUUGAAAAAUGAUUUAAUAGUAGAUAUUUUAAGUAUUAUUCCUAUAUUUACAGAUAGUCUAAUAAUAUAAUAUUUGACUAUAUUCAGAAUAAUAAAAUUAAAGUUAACACUAGCAACAAUAGAAGAAAUACUUUGUUUUAAGUAAUAAAUAUAAGGAUGGUGGGAAUUAAUUAAAUCAGUGUUUUUUAUUGUAUAUACUUGUCAUUUUUUUGCAUGUAUAUGGUAUAAAAUAGGUGAAUUGGGAAUUAAAAAUAAUACAAAUAGUUGGUUAAUAGUAAAGGAAUUAAAUAAUGCUACUUGGUAAGAGUAAUAUUUUUUUUCUCUUUACUUUAUAGUUGUUACAACUUUAACAAUUGGCUAUGGUGAUAUUCUUCCUUGUACUGUGUCAGAGGCUUUAUUUACAAUUUUUAUUGCUUUUACUGGAUGCAGUGUUUUAGGGUACACAAUUAAUAAUAUUGGUGAGAUAUUUAAGAAUCUAAAUGAAAGGGAUGUGAAGUUUAAAUAAUAGAUGAAAAGUAUAUUACAAUAUCUAAAGGAUUAUAAAAUAAAUAAGAAUUUAUCAUUAUAGAUAAGAAAAUACUUUGAAUAUCAUCUUAAAUCUCAAAUAGAAAAUAAUAAUGAAGGAUAAUAAAUGAUAAAUUAAUUGUCAAGACAAUUAAGAGAGUAGAUGCAAAUAGAUUUAUAUAAAAAGUAUUUGAUUAAAGCAAAGUUUAUUAAAGAUUAUUGUUCUUAAAGUACAAUAGAAAAACUAUGUUAAUAUGUAAAAAUAGAAAGUUAUGCUCCAGAAUCUAAAAUUUUAAAUUAGAAAUCAAGUUGUGAGAAAUUAUAUUAUGUAUUGGAAGGGGAAUUAGAUAUUUAUAUAACUUUAGGUAAUAGUAGAGAUGUUAGCAUAUGUAAUUGUUUAAAAAAGGAUGAUGUAAUUGGGUAAUGGGAAUUUGUGUUACAAAAUCCAUAUCUAUAUUCAGUGAAAGCUGUUAAAUUUACUAAAUUAUUGGCUAUUCAUCGAAAUGAUUUUACAAAAGUCUUGAGAGAAAACAAAGAGGAUUUUGAAAAAUUUAACUAAAUCAAAGAUAAAUUAUAAUAUUCUAAAAAAUCAAGAGGUAAUAAAUGUUUUAUAUGUGGAUGGAUUCAUUAUUUUAAUAAAUGUCCAUUUCUAUUUUUUAUAGCAGAUAGAGAAAAAGUAUUAUCAUAAGCAUUAAAUAAUAAAGAACAAUAUAGAGAUGAUAAAUAAAGAUUAAGAAAAUUAGAGAAAUCAAGAACAUUUUAAAGAUUGAAUAAUUUAAGAUAAGCAGCAUUAGAUUUUAUCUAGGAUUCUGAAACAAAGUAGAAUAUUAAUAUUUAUAAUUAGUGAUCUAACUUUACAACAUCUGGUUGAUUUAGGAUUUAAUAGAAAUGAUUCUAUUUUACGUGGUAGUGCAGUCUAUCUUGAUGAAUUAAUAGAAAAGAAAAUAUAAAGCACAUUUAAAGUUAUAGAAAAUGAAGAUGAUUCAAAUCAUUCAUAUUUAUAAGCUCCAAAAGUUGUAGCUACUUAUAAAAAUAGAUCUAUUGUAUUUGCACCUACUCCUGAGAAUGAUAGUUUCUUAAAUUUAAAAUUCUAAUCACCUGAUUAACUUAAUAGAUAAAACUCUAAUACUCUUUAAAGACCCAGAAGAUAAACAAAAGAAUUAUCUCGUAUUAAAUAAUCAUAACCAAAAAUCUUAUUUAGUACUAAUAAAAUAGAUUCAAAAAUGAAUUUUAUGAAAAGAAAUGAUGGAAGUAGUAACUUUUAAAGUUAAAUUAGUAGCAAUUUAAAUAAUAUUCUAACUACUAAUAAUAAUAUCUAUCUUAAUUAGAAUGAUAAUUUUGAAAGUUAAUAAGGUUCAUCUUAACAUAAAAGUGAAUAACCUUCUAGUUUACAUCCUUAAUUAGGUUAUUAAAUUUAAAAUUGUAAUGUAGAAGUUAAUUUUGAUAUUGACAAAACAUAAGUUUUUAGUAAUUAUUUUAAGGAAGGCAAUAUUUAUGAAAUUGUUAAUUAACUUAUGGAAUAAUAAUAAAAAUAAAUCACAUUAAAAUCUCCUAAAAUAAUGCAAAAAAGUAUUAUGUUAGGUAGUAAUAAAAAUCAUAGAAAAUUAGCACUUUUAUAAAAAAUACUCAAAAAAGAUAGUAUAAUGAUUUGA